GUAACGAAAGAAAAUAAUUUAAUGAAUUAAAAAAUAAUAAAAAUGUAGACUUUCGUCAAAACGAUUUGCAAAUUACACAAUUCUGAGAGGUUCCUUCAUCUGCAAAUGCUACUACUGAUUCGGUGAUGGAAUCGAUCGGCGACGACGAUGAGCUCCGAAGCAAAACAGUUUCUCUUCCGAGAAGAAUCUCGUUUACGAUUCUUCUUCUUCUUCUGUUAAUCUCCUUGAGUACAAGGGUCUCUGGUUCGUUAGACAAAUCUGGAAGAAGAGUGAUUGAAGCGAGAACUGGGCAAGACUUGAUUUGGGUUGUUCAGCUAUCCGAUCUCCAUUUCAGUGUCCAUCAUCCUGAAAGAGCCAUUGAUUUCAAAAACAUUGUGGGUCCUGCUCUGGCUCUUAUCAACCCUUCUCUCGUCUUAAUCACCGGUGAUCUCACAGAUGGGAAAAGCAAAGACAUGUUAACAAUGAAGUUAAAUGAAGAUGAGUGGUUAGAAUACGAGAGUGUGAUGCAAGAUGUUGUGAAGAGAAGUGGGCUUAAUAAGAGCAUAUUUUAUGAUCUUAGGGGUAACCAUGACAACUUUGGUGUUCCGUCUGUUGGUUCAUCUGUUGAUUUCUUCUCAAAGUAUAGCAUCAAUGGACAGAUGGGAAGGAAAGGAAAUGUUAACACCAUAACUGUUGAGACUAGCGAACGUAAACAUCUGUUUGUCGGUAUUGACACCACAAUGCAUAUUGGAUUACGCGGCCCAACAAAUCUCUUUGGGCAUCCAACUGAUGAACUUUUGAGCUCACUCGACUCACACCUCUCGCAAUGGGAUAACCAAUCAGCAAAACCUGUUGCAAAAAUAUCAUUUGGGCAUUUCCCAUUGUCAUUCACAGCGCUGUCACAUUCUCAAAAGAGCCUUAAAGAUGUUUUUCUGAAGCACUCUAUCUCAGCUUAUUUGUGUGGCCAUCUACACUCAAGGUUCGGCAAGAAUCUUAAAAGACAUCAUCACUCUGGUGGUAUCAGUUUAUCAGAUAAUGACUUGUUUCAGCUGAAUAUGAGGCAGAGUGGUGCUGAAAGUACUUCGAACUGCUCUUUUGGAGCCUUACCAGCUGCAGAGUUCUGGGAAUGGGAGAUGGGUGACUGGAGAAAAAACAGGGCAAUGCGGAUCAUGGCCAUUGAUAGGGGUCAUGUUUCAUAUGUUGAUCUUGACUUCAAGUCAAAACCCCAGAAGACUAUCAUAUUACCGACCUUUCCAUUAGAUUCACGUUUUAUGUCAACAUCCUUUGCACGUCACAAAUACGAGUGCCAACAUAUGAUCUCAUCAUCGUAUGACGCAAUAAGAGCCAUUGUUUUUUCUCAUUCUCUGGUUGUGGAAGUUGUAGCUAGAGUUUAUGACUCAAGCCCUGGAUUUGAUAAUCUGGUCAUGGAAGCUCCAAUGAGAAAACAUGGAGGCGAUUCUUCUUCUUCCGGGGCAACAUUCUUUUCACUUCCAUGGAAUUAUAGGGCCUUUGAAGAUCCCUUACCUGAUAGAUUUUGGCUGCAAAUAGAAGUCACUGAUAUCAAAGGCAGAUUAACCUUAUCAGAAAUGCGACCAUUUUCCAUCAAUGGUCUAAGCUCUAAAGUUUCAUGGACAUGGAAUGAGUUCCGUGUCAUGGGCUGCCAGUGGGCGGCAUUAUAUUACCCGAUUCUUUGGCCUGCUCUAUAUAGUUUGUUUCUCGUUUUUCUUAUCCCCAAAUGCAUCAUCAUCGUUUUCAAGAAGCAGUACACUCUCAAGAAGUUCAUUGCCAAGAAAGGACCUAUCACACUUGUACUGUGGAUUCUCCAAGACCUCUGCAGAAUGCCUGUGGUUUGGUUCGGUUACAUGGCAUACUUGUUCUAUCUCAUAUUCUUUCCUUGGUUCUCCGGUGAAGUGUUUGCUGAUUCUGGAGACAGAGCAUACAUGACUAUUAUGGGAUGGGUGGUGACGAGCUCAGGCGCAGAUAGGAAACAUGAAUACAUUGGACAACCUGAUGUAAUGGUUGUGGUGAUCCCACAUGUGGUCUUUGUUGUUAUCCCCAGUGUCUUGGUUGUGUGUUGUCUGGUUGCUGAGAGAGAAAUCUACAAAGAUCACAUUCGAACUGUCUCUGGUAAGAAAGAGGAUGACCAUGACCGGGGAAGGAAGAAGAGAUCACAACGCCGCUCACUGUUAUUCUCGAACAGAAGACUGUUUCGGAAAUCGGUCUUGCUGGCUUCAUUAGCUCUAUAUUGGAAGCAUUUCAAGAAUUGCUGGGCAUUAGGUAGAGCUUAUGAGAUGAAUGUGGUUCAUUUUCCAGGUUACAGCCUUGUAGUUCCAUUGUUGCUACUAUAUGUUAUCUGCAAAACCCAUAAAGUUCCAUGAGAUUUGAAUCUAUGGAAGUUUUGGUGUUUUUAUGAUUUUGAUUAUGAAGAAACACAUUUAUAGGGGGUUUUCUUAUGUGUUGUUUGAUAGAGUUGAUAUACUAUAUAGAUCAAGAAAGUUAGACCAAAUUAUUCUG